AUGGAAUACCAGGAACAACCGUACUUUACCCUUCGCUCCAGGAGACCCGCGGACCGGAACAGCUCGCAACUUGCCACGGCCUCUCUGUCCAAGGGGAUCGGAGACGCUUUUGCCCGGUCGGCAACUCAUGACAUCAGCCGCACGAGCUUUCAUAUCAAACACAUAGGGGCGUUCGCCCGAAGACUCGAGGAUUCCGCUGCCCGAGCCUUUCCAAACAGAGGCCGCUCGUCACAGAGAUACAAGGUGGUCCAGGCCCUGCUGAUACAUUGGGGCUGCGAUGAUCUCUUCGUCCUCCCCGAACUGGAGGACCUGGGCAAGUGCCUGAGCGAAGACUACGCCUUUGGGACAGACAUAUUUGCUAUCCCUUCGGAAAACGCCCACCUGGAGUUGAUGAUGCGGGUUGGCCAGUUGAUCAAAGAAUACGAAUCACCAGACACCUUGUUUCUGAUUUACUACGGAGGACACGCCCGAAUCGACGAAUCUAGACAAAGCACUUGGUGCGCGACUCGCGAUCAAUCGUCUCCUUGGCUACAAUGGUCUGCCAUUCAGACGCUACUAGAACGAUCCAAAUCAGACGUUCUCAUCCUCCUGGAUUGCUGUGCUGGAGCGGCCAGCGCUACUUUCCCAAACGGGGACAGCAUCACCGAAACGAUAUCGGCUUCCAGUUGGGACGCCAUAGCCCCCGACCCCGGUCGAUACUCCUUCACCAACGCCUUGAUCGAGGUCCUGCAAGAAUGGCGCAUGCGCACCUUUUCCGCCGCCAUGCUGCAUGCCGAAGUUCUGGCACGCCUGAAGCACCCUCGUCCCGUCACCAUCAAUGGCAAACAUUUCGAGGCGCGCUCCACACCGGUGCAUUUCAUGAUGACGGCCAACCACAGGGCCCCUAGCAUUGAGCUGUCACGGCUGCUCCUUCCCGCCAAGCUUUCGGAGACGGGGACGGAGCCUCAUCCCGCUGCGCCCCAGUCGACCGGGCGAGCAGCGGACGGGGGGGUUCCCGUGCCGGGUGGUCUGGCGGCACCACUCGAGCCAAGCGAGGACACUCCGCAUGUCAUGAUCUCGCUGGCUCUGGAGGGCGAUCAACAACUGGAUAUCAAUGCCUGGGAGCAAUGGCUCCAAGAGUUCCCAGCCAUGGCGAAAUACGUCAAGGUCCAGGGUAUCUUCAAGAGUCAUUCAACCUUGAUGCUGGUGUCCCUGCCCGUCAUGGUUUGGGAUCUCCUCCCAGAGGACCCUGCAGUAUCCUUUGUCGCUUUCAUCCGAUCGAGUAAUCUGGCCAUGCAGAAACGAGAGGCGUCGCAACAAGUUUCCGUACCCGUGCCCACUCGUCAGCGCAGUCGGCUUGAUGAUUCUGGCAACAGAUCAGUCAUGACCGGCGCGUCCGAAACCGCGUUCGCCGCAAUGGAAAACUUGCCACUGCAGCAGCAACCGAGAGCGCCGCCCUCGUAUGGAUCCUCCUCCUUCGGAGAAAACCAUGUGCUAGUCUCGUCGCCAACUGCACGGUUUCCCCAAUCUGCCAGCACUGGCAGACCCGCUUCCCCUUCGUCUUCUGUGCCUGGAAGCUUCUCACGAGCCGUGCGACCUGUUGUCGCGUCUGCAACCUCGCUCACUCCAGCGCAGCAGCUGGCAACAGGCCCUGCUCUGAGCAACACGCCGACGAGGCAAAUGAUUCUAAAUCAGCAGCAGGCCAUGAGGCGGACGACAUUCACUGGCAACGCCCCUGAGCCCAGAAAGUUCUCCUCCCACGUCGAGCGUCGGCUCGAAGAGUAUUACCGACAAGAUCCGUGGCCCAACGAUGCUCACAGGGCCUCCAUAGCAUCCAACCUGGGUAUAGAACUGUGGCACCUGGAGAUCUGGUUUCACCACCGUCGGGAGAAGGAUUCAAUAACCAGUAACCUGGCCUCCAUAAGGGUCAGAGACGUCGCCGCGCUCGAGACCAACACCAACGGACCCCGCACGAUCCUCCCAGCAGACUUGAAUCGCCUUCUGGAGCUUUCACGGCCCGGAGACGCACUGCUGUUCGACCUGAGAUCUGCCGCAGAGUACGAACGGUCACAUAUAUACGGCGCCAUUCACCUUCGCGCCCCGACGAGUUUCCUCCAGCCUGCCUCCAUCCUGAUGGUAGAGCAAGCCAUACCUGACGAGCAGGGCAGAAGACAGCUGUCGCGGUGGACCACAGCCAGGUGCAUCGUUUUCUACGGCCGAGGAUUGGACUACGCGUGGGAAUGUCCCGCGGCCCACGUCAUUCAUCAAAAGUUGACUGCGAGUGGGUGGAUGGGCCAUUGCUUCGUCCUGCGCGGCCAUUACAGGGAAUUCAGUCAGUCCUUUGGCACGUACAUUGUGGGGCCGAGAAUGACGCAGAGAGCCAGAGACUGGGUCAGCUGCCAAAAAACGACCCCGACGACAAGGCGAGAUGAUGAUGAAAUGAUGGAGCGGCAGUACCUGUCUUGGUUGGACCACGUGGCGAGCGAGGAGAGAGCGCGACCAUUUUCCAACGCUCCUCCAGCCCUGAUGGCAGAGCGUUCCGAGAGCCUUGAGACGCGAGAGAAGGACUUGGAGGCAGAGUUUAAGGCUCGUUGCGGACCACUCUUUGACAAGGUGCUGGGGAAUCAGCCGAAAAAGACGGGCCAAGAUGUGUUUGACGACAAGGCCGGCAUGGUGGAAUACCUUGAUCGUGGCCUGGACAAAAUUCGCGAGCUAGCAUAUCAAGCACCGACUUUUGCACAAGGCGACAGCAAGACAUUGCCGAAUGAGGAGGAGGGCUAUCUUGGCAAGCGGCCCCGGGAUCAGGAUUUCGAAGCAGAAUAUGUUGAGGUGACCAAGACAGACGGGUCGACUCCCGUCAACUCGCCAGUUGGGCAAACAUUUCCGGCUGGAAAGCUGUCUGGAGAGGGCCAAGGGGGGCGUGGUGGCGGCGGUCUCCUGAACAAAAUGUUUCGUCGAUGA